AUGGCACAACCAGCGGUGGUCGCUGCGGAAGAUCUCGAGCACAGCAACGAGUAUGGCGACGAAGGAUUUGAAAGCGACGUGCCCAGAAGCCGCCCCAGCAGGGAUGGCCGAGAAAGUUCUGAGAAAUGCGUAGAGGAAUCCGUUGUCUUGGGGUUAGACACUGGCCUGGAUGAUGCCGAUUUGCAGACGGGUUCCGAACUGGCUCAAGGGGAGCAAGAGCUGAACAAGACCCAAGCCCAACGCCUUGUCGAAGGGGAAAACGCGAUCGACGAGGAGGGAAAAGGGGUAGCGUACAGAAAUUCACAAGGGGGUAGGACGGAAGGCAUGGACGACCGAGAAGGAAGCGAAACCGGUUUGAAGGAGCGGGAUUUGCCGUUCCGAGUCUCAACAGAUGGCGAUGGCGACAAUGACGACGGCGCUCGCGAGAACCCAAGCCUCGACAUGAAUUUCGAUAAAGCAGUUUUUUCUCCAGACGACGACAGAAACUUUCCGCCAGAGAAGUUUCUCGGCCGAACGGGUAGCGUAGAACUUAGCAGCAACGACUUGUCUUCACCACAACCCUUCGGAGCGCCCGAGAAAGAAGAGCUCCAUGUUGGUGGUGAGGUGCAGCUGGAGCAGCAGUUGCCGCACAAGCCCCACGGUGAUCGGUGCGAGACUAGGGGGAGGGAAAAAGAACGCGAUAUUCGAGGGGCAAGAUCGCGAAAUUUCAACCCGAAAUAUCGAAGCCAGGAAAGCGAUGGGCGAAUUAGGCUGCGAGCAAGCAGCCAAAGCCGUGCGAACGCCAGGGGGGCGGCGAGCAUACGGCGGCAGCGACAGGAGCGCUUGAUUCAGCAGCUCACGCGUGACAACGGGGUGUUGCAGCGCAAAGUAGCUGGCUACCAGCUUGCGUUGCAGUUAUCCGCAGAUGAGGACGACUUCUCCACGAGCCCGUCCUUCUCUGCCGCCAUGCAGCUGCAGCAAGCCGCACCACCGGCCUUCCCGCGCGGUGGGGGUACGCCCGCGCCAUCCCCCCGCGUCGCCAGGGGCUGGACGCACCGAAAUCCACCGCCGCCUGGCCGCAUCUCUCCUGUCGAGCGCAACCUCUCGUACACUACCCUAGUGCGGCAGCUUGACAUGGGUGGGAGACAGGCGAGGACGCUGAAGCGGGAGAACGAGGCUCUAGGGGCGAGGGUGAAUGAGCUCGAGAGCGGGGCGGUCCUCAGAGCAACGCAGUCAAGGCUCUCAGAGCGGGACGAAGAAAUAGUGGCACUCCGAGAGGAACUGUCCGUUAUGAACCGACUUGCUCGAGCUCAAGACCGCAAGUUCGAGGGAUGCCACGGGUACGCCCUCGCUCGUCGACUGUGGCUAACAGAGGAGGAGCUACGGACAGCUCGCUCAACCAUAUCCACACUGGGAGCCGAGGGUCAGGAGACCAAGCAGCAAAUGGCGGACGUUAAGGCGGAGAUGCUAGAGCGGGCGUUGGCCAAUAUGCGAAAAAAGGCACGAACUGUUCUUGACGUGGCGAAGGGAGAGCUCGAAGCGGCACGAGUGGAAAUCGAUGGGCUUAAGGAAGACAAGGCCGUCCUAACCCAGGCACUCGAAACAAAGGCGAGGGAGAUUCGGAUGCAACUGCUACAGGCGCCCAAAUGCUCUAACCCGUACGUUCAGCUUUGCCCAAGCAACGGCAUGGACUCCGCUUCCGCCAACCAGAACCCGAUGGUACCCGACGCAGAACAAGGUCUUGCUUUCUUCCGGCCGCAACCACAUAAACCAGAGACCCGACCCCCACCCCUCCGCGUACAGGUCAAUCGCCUCAAGCGAGAGAUCCAACAUCUCUCCGCCGGGGCGAUUAAGCUCGAAGAGGCGAGUUGCGUGGUCGCAGCUGCCAGUUUUCCGUUGAGAGCGCGAGGAAUUUCUUCGGCAGCCGCCGCGGCCGGUGAAACGUCAGCAUUGGCCGUGACGAAGUUGCACGAAGGCCGAGCGAAGUCCGCUGUCUACAGCAGGCCCGAUGCUGGUGGUGGUGGAGCUUCGAUGAAUUUGUUGGACCGUUCCCAGCCUCCUCCUCGCCCGGAUCGUUGGUUGAGGAGCGAGCGGGAGCCAUGGGGUGCCCGGGCCCGUCUCUCGGGCCAGUUCUCACCCAUGGGGUGGAAUCGAGUCUGGGGAGGCGAUGGGGCUGUUACCGCACCCGCCGCCGACACUGGAACUCCUGACGCGGCUGGUGAAGCAACAGCCAAUGGAGCACCGCCAGCUGCAGCCGCCGUGGCUGGGGAAGUUGUGAGUGGCGCGUUGGGGCGAGCCUUGUCAGGAUUACAAGCUGAUGAAGCAGCGAAGAGCGCUGACAGGGGCGAUGGAGGUGUGGGUGUGAAGCUGGGUUCAAUAAAGGGAAAACAGGAAGAAGUCGUGGCCAAACCGGAGAAGGUCGAGGAUAUUGCGGCGGCGGCCGUAGGGGGUGAGGAAACACAUUUCCACCCUUGUCCAUUGGCGGGGCUGAUGGACAUGUCAGACCCUCCGCUGCGUAGCCAUCGGCGGAGCUACUACAAUGAGGAUGACGGGAAGGUGUACAGUAUUCCGCGUACUAGCGAUGAUGUGACAGCUGCGGAACUAACAGAGGUGCCGAGGGAUGAUGAGCGAUCUAUGUGCGUCGUCGACUUUCAGGGGAUUGUGCGGCAUGGGGUAGGCUGUGCGCUGAGCCAACUGGCACCACGGAGUGCACGGGUUUCGUCGGCGACCUCCAGAAAACAAUUGCUCAAUAGCACGAGUGCUGCUCCUGGUCAGGACCCGGACCAAGAACGGUUGCUUCUACCCGGAGAGAAUCCUUUGUCGAUAGGCAUAUCUGUCCGCACGUGGCACAGAGACAGCACCUCGAGCUGGGACCCUACUGGGGAAGGAGCAACUGGUGCGUGUCAUAUCGCCCCAACGUAGCACAUUGAAACCAUCCGCCAACGAAGUGUCAUCUGGCGGUUUCGUUUGCCACGUGCUCCUCCCCCUUCCCAUUCGUCUCUUCCAGCACGACUAUCAGUUGGGAGUAAGAGGUCUCACCGGAUGUCGUCGGUGUCUUUGUCGGAGGGAGGGAGGUUGACGCCAACGAUCAAUCUCGCGAGGCGCCCUACUCAUUUUUCCGUUGAAUCUGUACGGGAGGUUGCGUAAGGAAGGCCGGGAAUCUUUCGCCUCAUGGAGAACCAGGACUUGCACGGAAAACCACAGAUGCCGCAACAAGCACUAAUCUUUCUCCUUGUCACUUCUCCAACUUACGGGAAAUCCAUGGCCGAAACGUGACCACGUUGAUACGACGCCGUGUCGUACAACACCUUAUCCGGCUGCUAUGUCACCUGUGAAUGCACCCUCAUACCCCCCCAUGACUUGUUGUCGUUGACGAUGUCAUGCUAUGUCGUUUCUGUCAGGAGGAGGGGGUAAACACCAGGGCUUUCUUCUUAUUAUUAUUUCUUUUUCAUGCCCCACCUUCCUCCCGUGGUGCGUGCUGAAUUUUAUUUUUAUCGCGAGAAGGGUCCAGCCGUCCCUUUCCCUCGUCAACGGUGCUAACGUCGAAGUUUGGUACUCACGAGAGCUUGUCAGCUAUAUUUCGCCUUCACCCGCACAUUUCGUAAGUUUUUCACCUCAGUGGUGGCGGCGUAUAUAGUGUGUGUUCAUUAGUAUCCCAGACAAGAUUGAUAGUGUGUGUUCAUUCGUGUUCCAGACAAGAUUGAUCUGCCUCUCUCUCCCAGGUUUUUCUUCUCCUGCCCAGCAACCCAGCAUCAACGGUUUAAAUAGGUCGACGCUUGGAAUGCUUCGUGAGCUCCACACCUCACUUCAAGCACGGCGAGCAACCGAUGCUCGUGGACAUCGACGAAACAGUCGUGACAUGUCUCUGCGUAGUUGGUGACGAAUGCUCCGCCAAAUAACAAAUGGCAUUGGACACAUGGAAUUGUUGUGAAGUGUUGGCCUCAGCAGUUUGGGCAGAAUAGGGAGUACUCCCAGCCACAGCUGUCUGAAUGAGCUACAAAACAAAACUGCUCCGGUUGACAUAGUACUUCCGGUUCAUAUAGUACAACAAUAGAGCGCGGCAACACAAAGUUGACGGCCGCGAUCAAACGCGAGGCGUAGCUCUCCACAUCGUUCUAGUACUCCCGUUCAUGAUGUCCCGGAACGGGUCGACCACGAACUCCGUACGUAUGUAAAACACAACAAACCCGUGUCAUGAUCCAGAUGAACAUAUUUCACCAUGCGUCCAUAUAGUCUAUAUUACUCGAGAAAGGCAACUCGCAAGGUCCCCCAACGUAUUUCUGGCGUACUUUGGUCGAAACUUGUAUCCUAUCAUACUUCUACAUGACAGUUCGGAAUGAACGUCACAAUUCUCGGUCACUGCGAUCAUCGGUCCAAGAUGUUCACAUCGCGCAGCCCACAAUCAAAUAAAACUACAUCCACAAGAAGCGGCGAGUGGUACUCUGAAUCUCACGCGAAACCAAAGGCUUCAAUACUGAUGCAGGGUUCUAUCGUGGUUUCAUGCUGGGCUUGCUUUGUCUUCCUCCCCUCCCCGACUCUGUACUUUGCCCCCGCGGUAAUUCUCCAUGUAUCUUUCUCGCCCUCACUGCUAUUUGUCUGUUGCCCCCCCGUCCCC